GUCUUGCGUCGUUUUCCCACCCAACAGCACGCUCUUAACCCCCCCUCCCUUCACAUCAACCUCCACAGCCCGACUCUCCUUGUAAAGCCGGCCCAGAUCAAUUGUCCAAGAUGGUCCAAUACUACAGCGUCUUCGGCGCCAGAGUCGGCUCCCACUACCUGGCCAUGGGUGUUCUGGGCGCUCUGUUCGGUGGCACCACCCUCGCCCUGCGCGGUGGCGGCAAGAAGACCACACAGACUCCCCCGAUCAACGCAGCAAGCUCCGACGAGGCCGACUUCAUCAAGAAAUUCAUGGAACAGGCAGAGGCGGAUGAAAAGGCAAAGACAAACCACUAGACGAUGGUGGGAUGCGAUUUGAGGGACACGAGAGCCGGAUCGUCGAGGCCAACUGUACAUUGAUAGACAGGACGGACGUGAGGGCAAUUGAUGGGUUCCCACGUUGGAACAAGCAAUCUUGAUCAAGUCUGCGACAGGUUCAGAUUUACGUUUCGUGACCCUCAAACGGAUCAGUCCAAAGGAAUUUAUUCAAAAUGUUUCUUGUCUCUCAAC